UUUUUUUUAAGUGGUCCCAGACUACGUAGUCCGCCAUUUUCAGAAGGUCUAGCAACGGCUCCUUCUGUCUCAGUCGCAGAAUUCGGUUACAUCGACUAUCCUCAGUCGCUCCAAAACAGUUUAGUUUGACUCAACAUUCAUUAGCGUGACAAAAUGUCCACCGAGCAGACUGAAAUUCCCACCGAAGACGUGAGCCAGCCGCCGCCUGCGGAGCAGCAGCAGCAGCAGUCCCCGCCGCAGCAGGGAGAAAUUAAUGGAAAACCCAAGAAUGACCUCAACCUAAGCAGGAAGGAGAGACCCCAGAAGAGAGGUGGAGUUGGUCGCUAUGAACCCUAUGGCAACGUCAACAAAAGAUACCGGGUUUUUGUCAGCAACAUCCCCUAUGAUGUGAAAUGGCAAGCCCUCAAAGACCUGAUGAAAGAAAAAGAGUUUAGGACUGAAGAGCUGAUGAAGAAGGCCGUGGAAAAGGUCAACAAGCACACCCUCAAUGGCCGACCUCUGAAAGUGAAAGAGGACCCAGAUGGAGUAAUUUCUCAGAGGGAAAUCAACAAGUCUCAGGGUGCAGGUCCACCAGUGGGCCAUGGUGGAAUGGGAGGCAUGGGUGGAAUGGUAGGAAUGGGUGGCAUGGAUCGCAUGGGUCCCGGACCAAACGGCCCCAUGGUCAGCAUUCCCCCCAGCCUUAUGAACAACCCCAACAUCCCCAACGAGAUCAUCCAUGGUCUCCAGGCCGGCAGGAUUGGAAGCACUGUUUUCGUGGCUAAUCUUGACUACAAAGUGGGCUGGAAGAAGUUGAAGGAAGUGUUCAGUAUGGCAGGCAUAGUGGUGAGAGCUGACAUUCUGGAGGACAAGGAUGGAAAAAGCAGAGGCAUGGGCACAGUCACGUUCGACAUGCCGAUUGAAGCGGACGAGAAAUCUCUUCCUAAAGACUUUGGACCACCAGACAGAGGAGCAGCUCUUCCCCGUGGCCUGAGUGGGGUGGGCUUAGGUCUGGGACCUGGCGGUCAGCCUAUUGAUGCUACCCAGCUCAACAGAGGUGGAGGUGGUGGAGGGAUGGGCAACAUGGGUCCAGGAGGAAUGGAUGGGAUGGGAUUUGGCAACAUGGGAGGUCGCAUGGGAGGAGGGGGAGGAAUGGACAACUUCGGAGGAGGGAACAACAUGGAUCGGUUCGGUUCCUCAGGGAUGGGCAGGAUGAAUGAGAUGGACCGUGGGAUUGGUGGAGGUUUUGACAGGGAAUUUGGCCGAAAUGAAAUGGGAAUGUCUCGCAAUAAUUUUGGAGACUCCUUUGAAAGAGGAAUGGGAAACUCUCUGGGUAUGGACCGCAUGAGCACCGGAAUGGAGCGCUUGGGAACCAACAUGGAUCGCAUGGGAGGGAUGGACCGCAUGGGUAUGGACAGAAUGGAUCGGGUGUCUGACCUGGACAGGAUGGGCUCUGGGUUCGACCGGAUGGGCACAGGGAUGGACCGGAUGGGGCCCAAUAUGGACAGGCUUGGACCAGGCCUUGACCGGAUGACCUCCAGCAUGGACCGUCUGGGACCGACCGGGUUCGACCGCUUGGGCCCAUCAAGUUUGGAUCGCAUGGGUACCAGCAUGGACUUCGGGUCUCCAAUGGGCAUGGAUCGCAUGGGAAACACCGGGCUCGACAGAAUGGGAAGCAGCUUCGACCGCAUGGGUUCUGCCGGAGGAAUCGACCGCUUUCCCUCUGGUGGCCUCGACCGCAUGAGCUCCGGCAUGGAUCGCAUGGGCACCGGAGGGGUGGGAGGUCAGUUUGAUCGAUCUGGUGAUUUGGAUCGUGGAUUUGGUGGGAAUUCCUUUGGAGGAGCGGGAGCUGGAGGGCCCGGAACCGGAGGAAGCAACAUCAGAAAAGGAUGCCAGAUCUUUGUCAGAAAUUUGCCAUUUGACUUCACCUGGAAGAUGUUGAAGGACACCUUCAAUACAUGUGGUAUGGUCCAGUAUGCUGAUAUCAAGAUGGAGAAUGGCAAGUCCAAGGGCUGCGGGGUGGUCCGCUUUGACAACCCUGAAACCGCCGAGCGCGCCUGCAGAACCAUGAACGGAUAUCGGCUGAGCGGAAGAGAGAUUGAUGUACGCCAGCCUGCCCUUCUGCAGGCGAGGCACUUGUCCGGGGAGAGAGGCAGCGGCAGAAAAGGUUUCCUCGGAGAGCUCUUAGACAACAUUAAGCAGGAGCUGAACAAGAACAAGGAAAUGAAAGAAAACAUAAAAAAGUUCCGGGAAGAGGCAAAAAAACUGGAAGAGUCGGAUGCACUGAAACAGGCUCGAAGAAAAUAUCAAAGUAUCGAAUCCGAAACCGUGAAGACCUCCGAAGUGUUCAAGAAGAAGUUCGGAAGCAUUUCUGAAACGGUCAAAGAGGGACUGGAGGAGGUCAGUCGUACAGAAAUUGGAAAGAAAAUCAAAGAGGGAAUGGAGGAAGCCGCCAAAACAGCAAAGACCUCUGCAGAGUCUGUCUCUAAGAGUGGAGAGAUGUUUGGAAAGACUGGUGCAUUCAAAGCAAUAUCUCAGGGUAUGGAGAGUGUGAAGAAGGAGAUUGGAGACCUUGGCGACACGGGCCCUUAUCGGCCUCCACCCAGACUCCGAAAGAGGAGUGAGUUCUCCUCCAAGGGGGCAGGAGAUGACAGCAAAGUGUUCGAAGCCAAUGAGGAGGCUAUGGGCGUGGUGCUCCACAAGGACUCAAAAUGGUACCAGCAAUGGAAAGACUUCAAAGACAACAACGUUGUAUUUAACAGGUUCUUUGAAAUGAAAAUGAAGUACGAUGAGAGUGACAACGCCUUCAUCAGAGCGUCCCGCGCUGUCACUGACAAGAUGACUGACGUCAUAGGUGGGCUGUUUUCAAAGACGGAGAUGUCGGAGGUGCUAACAGAGAUCCUGAAGGCGGACCCCUCUUUCGACAAAGACUCCUUUCUCAAGCAAUGUGAACGUGAUAUCAUCCCUAAUGUGCUGGAGGCGAUGAUCAGAGGCGAGCUGGAGGUGCUGAAGGACUGGUGCUAUGAAGCGACAUACAGCCAGCUGGCACAUCCCAUUCAACAAGCCAAAACCAUGGGACUUCACUUCCACUCCAGGAUUCUGGACAUAGACAAUAUCGAUCUGGCGAUGGGCAAAAUAAUGGAGCAGGGUCCGGUGUUGAUCAUAACCUUCCAGGCACAGUUGGUGUUGGUGAUCAGGAACGCCAAAGGAGAAGUGGUGGAGGGAGACCCGGACAAAGUGAUCAGGAUGAUGUACGUGUGGGCUCUGUGCCGGGACCAGGAGGAGCUCAACCCGUACGCAGCCUGGAGACUACUUGACAUUUCCGCUUCCAGCACGGAGCAGAUCCUCUGAGACUCUCUGGAACAGGCCGCCCCCCCACCCCCAGGAGAGAACUCACUACCUAACCGCGACCCCCCGAUGAAGAGGAAGACAUGUCGAGAUCAGCACGUGGGGGUCAGGGGCUCGCUUCACCGCACCGACACUGUCCGGUGGGGUCCAUCAACACUUUAGGUGCCUCACUGUUUUCCUCCACUCUGAUUUCAGCCUCCUCCUUUUUUUUUUUUUUUUUUUUUUUUUUUGAACCCUCGUUAAUUGUGACCAUUCCUCCGGUUGACACUAGGGGGCAGCAGACCACCAACGACGUUCGUCCAAAGCACUCUUCUUUGUCCCCCGCGGCUGCCCUUUCCACACUUUUAAAGGCUGAAUUGAUUCGUUUAACUAGUUUUUUUCAGCAUGACUGCGAGUAAAGAGCGGAUGGAAAGUCGGGGAGCGGCGUACAGCAGGCCGUCUUCACCAGCUUUUCCAAAACUGCCCCCGCAGAGCGCGGAGUGAAUCCAUCAUAGUCUUUCUCUUCCUCUGAGAGGUGUUGUCAGCCCACGGUGUCAGUGCCAGUCGGUGCUCUCUCAUCCUUGCCGUCAAGGAUUACCGACUUUGUCUGUACGAUAAUCACCCGAUGUAAUUGUUAAUCACGAGAGAGACUAUAUUUAUUAUGAAAAAUAAAGUCCAACCCUGUUUCCACACGAGCGGAUAUUUUUAAAAUAUGAUUCUGGUAAACUUUUUUUAGCCUCCCCCCACCCACCCCCUACACCUCCCAAUUUGGGAGGAAGUCAUUUGAUUCCCUCUAGGACAGAUGCUAAUUAUCCUUUUUAAUUAAAUCCUUGAGUGGGAUUUCGGUGCCGGCUGCGGUAUUUCCUUUGGGGAGGAAAAUGCCACCCCCUGAAUGAUUUUUAGACUUACAUUUCCAGAGCAGAACUCAUUUGCUUUGAGUGAGAUUUUCCUCGGUGCAGAAUAGGACUGUGAAACAACAACAAAAAAAGCCCAAAAAAGCCAUCAGAUGGCCGAUCAGCUAUUGCCAAUCUCUAAGUGGAGUCAUGACGGACUUCACCUCUCCUCAGCUGUCAGCCGUAGGUCUCGUCAGCAUCAAUAAUUCGUGCCGACGUGCAGCUGCCCUCGGCUCCUCCCUUCCAUGCUGAAAGUCACAGGUCACGUGUUAGGCCUGCCGCACGAGGAGCCCAAAAUCCGCUUCGCCAAACGUCAAACAACAAAGGCCGAGUAGGCCGAACACCAAAGGGAACCCUCUGUGGUCCCUGGAAGGCGCGCUGGGACGGUGCUGCUCACCUUCCACGUCAACAGCUUCCUCACACCUGGCAAACGCGCAUUUGUUGUUUUCACCUGGGCUCCUCCAUCAGAGUUUACAUGAGGUCAGCGUGUGGGGAGUCGGGAAGACGCGCUUUCUCUUUUCUGUUGUCUGGCUCUUUUUUGCGUUGUAACAGUCGUCACUGUCUUGAUUAAAAUGUGUGAAUGGCA